ACACUGGAGUGAACUGCAGAAGGGAACGUGCCGUUAUUUGCUUCUCCCAGCACAAACUGUAUAUUUUGAAGGAGCAUAUAAAAUAGACGUACAUUUAAAAAAAAAAAAAAAUGGGUGACAUUAAACUUCCAAAGCACAUGUUCCUUUGGAGCAUGUCUGUCAUUUAUAUGUUUGCAUUUGCGUCUCUUUAUGUACAGAUACCAGGUCUCUAUGGGAGUGAUGGGAUCCUGCCUGCCUGGCGCAUGCUGCGGUACACGGGGAAGCCUCUCCUGGAGCAGCUGCAGGACUCCCCUACUCUGCUGUGGCUGGGUCCUCAGCUAGGCCUGGACACCCAGCAGGGGAUGGAGUUAAUCUGCCUACUGGGGACAUUGAUGGCUUUUGGUGCAAUGGUGUGGGAACCCCUGAGAGACACACUGGUAUUCCUCUGCCUCUGGGUACUCUACCUUUCACUCCAAAAGGUUGGCCAAGUCUUCCUCUACUUUCAGUGGGACACUCUGCUGCUAGAGGCAGGGUUCCUCACUGUCUUGGUAGCUCCUUUCAACCUCUUCAAAUGGAAGUCCACUGUGUCCAAGCACCACGAUGGCAUCACCUUCUGGCUCAUCCGCUGGCUCUUCUUCCGGCUCAUGUUUGCUUCUGGAGUGGUUAAGCUGACAAGUCGCUGCCCAGCCUGGUGGGGCCUCACAGCUUUGACUUACCAUUAUGAAACCCAGUGCAUCCCUACACCUGUCGCUUGGUUUGCCCAUCAGCUUCCAGUCUGGUUUCAGAAGCUCAGUGUUGUCGGUACCUAUGCCAUUGAGAUCGCUGUCCCUUUUAUGUUUUUUGCACCCAUCAGAAGUAUGCGAAUCGUCUCCUUUUACCUGCAGGCCUUGCUUCAGGUUUUAAUCAUUCUGACUGGAAACUAUAACUUCUUUAAUCUCCUGACCAUUGUGCUGAGUCUCUCCUUGCUUGAUGAUGAGCAUAUGUACUACUUCCUGGGGCCCAGGAAACAAAACAAAUCUCAAUCCUGGACUCAGACACUAGUAAAAUGGGGCACAGCUCUUGCAGAACUAGCAUCUUAUUGCUUAGUUGUUUACUGGACGGUGGUGUAUUUUGAACUUGAAAUCAACUGGGAAAAGAAAAGCAUAUCCUCAAAAACAGCCUUCACUUAUCACGAGUUUAACCAAUGGUUGAAGACGGUUACGAUUCCUAGUAUUUGGAUUGGAGUUCUGUCUCUGACCUGGGAAGUAAUCACGGCCAUGUUCAAGUGUGCCAGUGUGCAGGGUUUCUUUUGGAAGCUGUGGGCCACUAUCCAGUGGGCGAUAUUUGCAACUGCAGCCGCUUGCAUGUUUGCUGUCAGCCUGGUCCCUUAUACCUACAUUGAAAAUGACUCCAACAGCAAAAUUUGGACAGGUGUGAGGACAAUGUAUGACAGUGUUGACCGCUUCCAGCUUGUAAACUCCUAUGGGCUUUUCAGAAGAAUGACUGGAGUUGGAGGUCGUCCGGAGGUGGUAGUGGAGGGCAGUUACGAUAAGGAAACCUGGACAGAAAUAGAGUUCAUGUAUAAGCCUGGAAAUGUAAGCACUGCCCCCCCAGUAGUUGCCCCACACCAGCCUCGACUUGACUGGCAGAUGUGGUUUGCAGCGCUCGGCCCCCACACUCGAAGCCCCUGGUUCACUGGAUUAGUCCAGAGACUGCUUCAGGGGAAGAAGGAUGUUAUUGACUUGGUGCAAGUGGAUGAGUCUCAAUACCCCUUCAGAUCACAUCCUCCAACUUUCAUCCGAGCCCGGCUUUACAAGUACUGGUUCACCAAGGUCAGCGAGGAUGGUUCAGUGCCUCAGAAGUGGUGGAGGAGGCAGUUUUCUGAUGAAUUUUACCCCACUGUGUUUCUUGGUGAUCCCAACUUGGAUUCCCUGCUCAAUCAUUUUGGACUUAAGGACAAAGGACAGACAAAGCGCAACGCUGAUGCAUGUUUGCCAGUCACUCUGAGAGCAGUGCGUGAAUAUGCCCAACCUCUCCCUGCCCCAAUGAUUCUGUGGUCCCUCUUCUUUACCGGGGCUGCAAUCUGUCUCCUAAAAGUGCUUUUCAGUGGGUCUCGCAGCAGCAAAAACAAGGAAAAGGAGGCUGUAGCUGCUGUGGAGAAGAAUGACCAAGCUAUGAAAAAAGAGGAAAAGGAGAAAACAAAACACACAGAAAAUUCGGCAGAUUCUUACAAAUAUGCUAAGAAAAGGAAAUAAUGCGGCUUCCUUGGGUGUUUUAAUGUGGUGGUAUUUUUAUUUUUUUUUCUUUAUCCAAAACUCUAAUCUUUCCUAUUGCAGUUGGGGGAGGGGCAGGACUAGAAGAGAAACAGCAAGUGGCAAUAAAUAUUACAAAGGUUGUCAUUAUUUAAAAUAGAUUUGGCUACCAAAGACUACAGUUCACCCAGACUGCCAGUACUGAACCAUGUUUUGUUUCUGAACAGCAUAAAUCUCCCUGCAUUUUAGUUUUAUGUUCAGUUAUUGCUGCCUUUUAAUAUGUGGCAAGUUUUCAAAAUUAUUGUUUCUGUCUUUUACUGUAGGUUUUGCACACAUAAUGUGUAAUUGUGUAAGUUAAAGUUUUGGAACUAAAAAUAUAAAUAUUUGAAUUUUAAAAUACAAAUGUAAAGCAGCUUUGUAUUUUUAUACUCAGGUUUUGAAAAUAAACCCCAAAGUUAACAUUUGAAACUAUGGGAUGUCUCACUGAUUUUAAUGUUGGUUGAGGUUUAAAUGUUUAGAUUUCCAUGUCUGUGUAAAGAAGAUAUUUAAUUGAUUUUAGAUAUAAUUGUUUCUUAUAGGUUUGAUUGCACUACACUAAAGCACAAUCACCUAGCCAAGAAUUGCCUUUUAUCCAUUCUUCAGGCUUUUUGUGCAGCUGUGAGAUAUUGCCUUAUUUGUGUGUGUGUGUGCGUGUUUGUGUAUAUAUUAGUGUGUAUGUAUAUGUGUGCAUGGAUUAAUUUGAACAGAAAUAAAUGUUCAUCAAAAUCUAAGAAUAUAAGUUCCCAAUCACCACUAGGUAUUGUAAUGUGUAGUAUGGUAUAUAACUUGUGAACAAGGUUUGUGUGGUUUUUGGUGGCAGUGUCACAGUUACUAUAACAGUAAGACACUUUUCUGUAUACAGUUGUACCAAAAUGAUUACAUAGUUUUGUCAUGCCUUUUAGUCAUCAUACACAGUAGCUGCAAAUGUCAUUAAAUAUAUAUGACUUAGAUGACAGCCAGUUAUACAAUAUGGACAAUUCUUAAUGUUCUCUCCACUUGAUCACCAGAAUCAUUACACAGUAAAUGGGAGGGGCUUAUUCAAAUAGAAUUUGUGCAGUAGCUGUAUGUAUUUCUAAUGCUUUGUGAUUGGACUUUUGGAUGCUGUAAUAUUUUGCAUUGUCAUUAAAGUCUUGGGCAAAUAAUUCACUUUUACAAAGGAGGAAAAAAAAAAUGUAUGACUACUACCAACUGUGUGCGUUUAUUUGGGAGGUCACAUUGGGUGUAUGUGAAAUUUAUGGACCUGUAAGGCUGUAUUUAAAAAUAAAUAAAUCAAUUAAAAAAAAAAAAAAAAAAAAAAAGUCAAGUUCAAGAUCCUAAAACAAGGCUGGAGCCAUUCCUUGCUGAAUGAUAUAUUGGGAUUGUUAGGUUAGAAAUAGAGUAGUGAUGUCUUUAGCCUCUAAAUGAAAGCACUUCUGUAUUCUAAUUGUUUCAGAAGUCAGUCCACACAUGUGGAUUAUGUUGGCUUUGUUUCCUUUUUGUUUUCAAACAUGUUGAAUAUAUUAAGUUUCCUUCACUUUAUGAUAAGCUUGUGGGAACACUGAUUGCAAUCAGAGGUCUGGCUGCUGCCAUUUACAUCAAAAUAAUUUGGAUAUUCUGCCCCCAAAUAUCUGAAGCAUUAGUACUAAUCCUUGAUUUAGACCUAAACAGACUCUGAAUCCAGUAUUCAAUUCAGAAUGUAUUGUACUACCAGCUUCAGUGAAAUUCAAUCUGAGCUGCAGUCAAAGCCAUGCGGAUACCACUUUGAGAACAUUGGCAUAUGUGUGUGCACUGCACAUGUAAACACCAGAA